UGUAAGAUAAUCAAAUUAGGCUGCUGGGUCCAUGUUCUUUUUCCACACUUUAGGUGAUCUAUCACCAGAUAAAGCCAGCAACCCAAUAAUCGACAGGCAAAGCACGACCAGGAACCGAGUGAAAUUAGGAAAGAGAUGAAAAAGGAGGAGAAUCCUAGGAGCUCACCUCAUCUCUCUCUCUCUCUCUCUCGCUCUCGCUCUCUCUGGAGCAUGUGAACGAGAGUUAAUUCCCAUGGAUAUAAGAGAUCGAAGAAAGUUGCAGACGCUAAGAGAGAAGCAAAUCAUGGGGAGAUCAGAGAUAGAGGAGAGGUGCAGGAGGCACCCAGAGCAUAGGCAGUCCAAAGGGGUGUGCCCCUUCUGCCUCAGGGAUCGGCUGUCUCAACUCGCAGCCUCGUCCUCUACCUCCACCACUCUGGCUUCUUCUGCUACCUCCUCUUCUCCAGACCCCAACCUCUCUUCUGCGGCUUCCUCCCCUCCCAAUCAAUUCCCGACCGCAAGGCUCCUCAAGCACAGGCCGCUGAAGAAGAGCCGGUCGCUGGCCUUCAUGAUCGGAAGACCAGGAGAUGAGAACAACGGGAAGAAGAGAGAGGUUGGAAAGGAGAAGGAGAAGAAGAGGAGAAAGGAAGGGAGCUUCUGGUCGAAGCUGCUGAUCGGAUCUGACAGGAGGAGAGAGGUGGAUGAUAAGAUAUUACAUUCUAGGAUCAUGAAAGAUAAAGACUGCUACUAAGUGGGCGAGGUUCUGAUCUAUGUUUCCUUCCCGUUCAUUUUCCAACCGUGCGAUUCAAUGAGAAGAUAAAGGGAAAAAAAAAGGAAUGGUGUCGGAACAAGGUCCUGGUUCAAAGAUUUUAUGUUUUCUGUUUCCUUGUUAGUAUUACGGCCCCCCCCCCCCCCCCCCCUUUUUUUUAUUGGAUAGACAGUUCGUUCCCUAAAAGAGAGUUUGUGUUUAAUGUGUUUGAGAAAGGUAUAUGAGAGAUAGGUUGAGAUCUUGUAAAAAACCUGCUUUUGAUCUAGACACUAGAAUCGAAGUUUCAAUUGAGAUCAGAGAUGUUUUUUA